AGACGAUACCGAUUUUUAAACUUUAGCAGUGCGCCAUUCUUAUAAAACAAACGUUUUCUAUGUUUUAAUCGUCUACAAACAGCUAUGAAUGGAAUUUUAAGAACUGAACGGGAUUCAGGACUUCCGUUUUUCACUUUUCAGUUUGCAUUCUGCUGAGAAACACUAAAACUGAUCUGAGUCCUGCAGAAAAAGAUGCCUGGCUUGGAGAGGAACAGGAAGAAGAGGUGUGGUUAGGCAGGUAAAGGUGAAGUGCUACAUACAGGGAAGCAUAUCAGUGGUUUGUUGACUGCUUUAUUUUUUUACUUCGAGUGGACUCCACUUUGCAAUUUAGUCCAACAGAACCAAGGAAAUGAAGCAAGAUCAGAAGUCAACCAACCGGCCUGACAACACCGCCUUCACUCAGCAGAGGCUUCCGGCAUGGCAGCCUAUACUCUCUGCAGGCAUUGUAAUCCCAGGGUUUGUUCUCAUUGGUCUGGCAUUUAUCGGGAUUGGAGCCGCACUCUUUGUUACUUCGCGGAGCAUCCAGGUGCUGGAGAUGGACUACACUGGGGAUGAGACAAGUUCACCCUGCUACAAAUGCAUCAGUCCAGAUGUCAAGAACUGUGUGUGCAAUCUGAAUUUCUCCAUUGACAUCACCUUAAAGGGACCAGUGUUCUUUUAUUAUGGCUUGUCCAACUACUUCCAGAACUACAGAAAUUAUGGGGCAUCCAAAGAUGAUAACCAGCUGUAUGGAGACCUUACUUUCUUUCAAAGCCCCAGUUCCACCUGUUCACCCUAUAACUAUGACAACAAUAAGAUACCAAUUGUGCCUUGUGGAUCAGUAGCAAACAGCAUGUUCAAUGACACCUUCAAGUUGUAUCAAGUCAUCGGUGGACAAAAGACGCUGGUGCCCUUUGAUGGAAAAGGGAUCGCAUGGUGGACAGACUACAAUGUCAAAUACAGAAAUCCCAGUGUUACCCCAAUCAAAAACGCCUUCAAUAAUACUGUAAAACCCAUAUUUUGGCAAAAGUACGCUUAUGAACUGGACCUCUCAGACUCUACAAACAACGGCUUCAUAAAUCAAGACUUUCUGGUGUGGAUGAGAAGGGCAGCGCUGCCUGAUUUCAAAAAGCUGUAUCGACGGAUCGCAAGCGGUGAAUAUGAAAAUGGACUACCAGCUGGAAACUACUCCCUUGAGAUUUCUUACAACUAUCCUGUACAGAGCUUUGAUGGAAAAAAGAAAGUGGAGUUCAGCAACGUGUCUUGGAUGGGCGGAAAGAAUGACUUCCUGGGCAUUGCCUACCUUGUGGUUGGUUCAAUGUGUAUCUUCAUGUCCAUAGUCAUGCUCAUCGUCUACGCUAAAUUCAAGUUUGCCGAAGACGAAUGAAUAAUAUUGAGCUGGAACUGACUGAAGGUUCACCAUCUGUGUUAACAAAUUGGUUUCUGUUUCUUAUUUAAAGAGACAAUAAAAAUUUAGCCUAGUGUUACGAAAUAGUAGAAUCAACUACAAACUGAGUUGAACAUGUUAUUCUGGAAAGGGUUGGUAUUUAUUUUGUUUUAAAGGACUUGAUGUUGCAGCUUCCAGAGCGACUGCAUAUUAGUAACUGACUGUAAAAACUGGGUCAUGAAUUCCUCUUUGGCCACACGUUCUUGUCCAUUGGCACAUCAGUGAGAUUGGCACAAUGGAGAUUUUCUUUAAGUGCAAAAAAGUUCUAAGUCAAGCUCUGUAACAUUUGUUGGCAGCAGAACUUUUGUGCAUCUAUAUUUCUGAAAAUUCUGCUUCCAUCUUCAGAAAAUGAGUUUCAUCCUGGACAGUGACGUUAAAGUAAUAAAUAACCUGAAAAGCAACGUAAUAGCAAUUGCAUUUAAUGAUUGUGGUAUAUAUAACUUUAUUUGCAAAUGAGUGCUGUAAAAAUUGUGAAUAUAUUACUCUAACUCAGGAAUAUGGGCUGCAGGCAAUUCUGCUUAUGUUUGUGAUUAUUCUUUGAAACCAAAUUUUUACUUAAUGCUUAUAUUUAUUUUAUAAAAUAGCACAAAGCUAUAGUGUCUCAUUGUCACCAGGACACAUCUUGUUACAUGAGCAUUUUUUCUGGAAAUAUUUAUGCAAAUGUGGUUUUUGUGUCUAAUAAAGUUUUUACCUCUUUA